UGCAGACGGGAGUGAUUGCCUUAACCAUUUCUUUGUGGCCUCAUCAAAGUUAGUUGCACUUAGCAGCAAGUACAUACCCUGCCUCUUCUUCCCCGUCUUUUCAAGCAAGAAUGCAAGAGCGCCCGUUGUGCACCACCAUGCCCUACCUACACAUCUUCAUAGCACUACUGCUCUCCCUAACCAUCCCUACAAUUUCUGCUACGAGGGAUACUAUCUCAGCUGGCCAAGCACUCACCAUUGGUGACAAGCUUGUCUCCAAAAACAGAAGGUACGCACUUGGAUUCUUCGAAGUGGAUAGCAAUUGGUACCUUGGCAUAUGGUUCAACAGAGUCCCCAAGUUUACUCAAGCAUGGGUAGCAAAUAGGGAUGACCCGAUCGAAAACCCCACCUCGUUGCAGCUUAUUAUCUCCCAUGAUGACAACCUUGUAAUCACACACCGCUCUACUGACUGCAUUAUCUGGUCCACCCAAACUAAAAUAACAAGAAACAAUAGCACUGCUCUUCUCCUGAAUAUUGGGAACUUCAUCCUAAGGAAUGCCUCGAACUCGUCGGACAUUUUGUGGCAAAGUUUUGACUACCCAACAGAUACAUAUUUCCCCGGAUCGAAGCUUGGGUGGGACAAGAUCACAGGUCAGAAUCGUCGUCUUAUUUCUAGAAAAAACUCAAUCAGCCCAGCUACUGGUUUUUACUGUGAGGAGCUAGACCCCAGCGGUGUUAACCAGUUCAUCCUUACCCCAUUGGACUCCUUUGAACCAUAUUGGACCAGAGGUGUUUGGAAUGGCAAAUACUUUUCAUCUAUACCAGAAAUGUCAGAGAACAAUGCUAAUAACUCAUUUGUUGACAAUGCAAAGGAGAAGUACUACAUGUCUGGAACAGCAGGAGAGGAAACUGCUGUCACCCAUCAUUACUUAGACGUCUCUGGUCAAUAUAAGACAUUCAUAUGGCUUGAAGGCUCACAAGAUUGGGUACCCAUCUACGCCCAACCCAAAGCUCAGUGUGACGUGUAUGCAGCAUGUGGACCUUUUACUAUCUGCAAUGAUGAAGCACUUCCACAUUGCACUUGUAUGCAGGGGUUCAACAUACGAUCCCCUGAAGAUUGGAUGCUAGACGAUCGAACUGGUGGAUGCUUGAGAAAUACUCCAAUAGAUUGUAUUACAAAUGGAAGCUCCUCAAGUUCCACGGAUAAAUUCUACUCCAUGACUUGUGUUAGUUUGCCCCAGACUGCCCAAAAAUUAGAAGCCGCUAAAAGUGCCUCCGAUUUUGCUCAAGCUUGCCUGGAUAAUUGCUCUUGCACUGCAUAUUCCUUCAGCAGCAGUAGAUGCUCCAUCUGGCAUACUGAAUUGCUCAACCUAAGGAAACGGCAGUGUAGUAGUGAAGCUCCAAACUCCAAUGGAGAAACUAUUUACAUUCGCCUUGCCAGUAAAGAUAUGCAAAGUUUGGAAAAACAGAGAAGCUGGCUUCUAAUUGUAGUUGCAACUGGAACAAUUGUUGCAGCAUUAGGCUUGUUUGCAUCCAUCCUGCUAUUAGUGAUUUGGAGAAACAAAAUAAAGAACUCUAGCCACAUACCUAAUAGUGCUCAGUAUUCCAAUGGAAUCGUCGCAUUCAGAUACAUUGAUUUGCAACGUGCAACCAAGAAUUUCUCAGAGAAGCUUGGUGGAGGUGGUUUCGGUUCAGUAUUCAAGGGGUUUCUAGAUGGUUCAACUGCCAUUGCAGUGAAGAGGCUUGAUUGAGCUCAUCAAGGGGAGAAACAGUUCAGAGCUGAAGUGAGCACGAUCGGAAUUAUCCAGCAAAUCAACUUAGUCAAAUCAAUUGGUUUUUGUUGUGAAGAUGCUAAAAGAUUACUAGUUUAUGAGCACAUGCCAAAUGGCUCUCUUGAUAUCCAUCUUUUCCAGAGCCACACUACAGUAUUGAGAUGGACUACCAGGUAUCAGAUUGCUCUUGGUGUUGCUAGAGGAUUGGCCUACUUGCAUGAGAAAUGUCGAGAUUGCAUCAUACACUGUGACAUUAAGCCAGAAAACAUUCUUCUAAGUGAAUCAUUUGUCCCGAAAAUUGCAUUGGGAUGGCCAAGUUAUUUGGAAGAGAUUUUAGCCGAGUCAUAACUACUAUAAGAGGAACUAUAGGAUACCUUGCAUCAGAGUGGAUUAGUGGAGUGGCCAUUACACCAAAAGUAGAUGUUUAUGCCUAUGGGAUGGUCUUACUGGAAAUUGUAUCCGGAAAGAGGAACUCAUGUAUUUCAUGUUCUUGUGGUACCAAUCACGAUGUUUAUUACCCUGUACAUGUU